AUGUGGUUUGUUACAGAUCCUCUCCACAGCCGGGAGGGAGGAUGCCGAGCCCGGGGCAGUGGGGACGCUCUGCAGAGGCGCAGGAACCCGCAGCAGCGCAGCUUUCCCAACAGCACGGCGUGCAGCGGGGGGCCCGCGCCCGCCGGCCGCGGGCAGCACCUGCCCAAGGACUACCUGGUGGAGUCGGUGCUGGUGACCGUCUUCUGCUGCCUGCUGACGGGGGUCAUCGCCCUCAUCUACUCCCAUGAGACCCGGGCUGCGCUCAGCCGUGGGGACAUGGCCCAGGCAAACGUGGCAUCCAAAAAGGCCCAGUCGCUGGUGCUCUUCAGCCUCCUCUUCGGGUUGUUCGCCUCCAUCAGCUGGGUAAUCUACGUCCUGGUAGCCCUGUACCUAUAA